GAAUUUUGUGAAUAGCACAAAGCAUUCAAAGUUCUACUUUCGCUUUUUGUUUAUGUCAACAAAAAAGUUACGACAAAUAAGAAUGAGUGGAUGAUGAUGGCUUCCUAACUAAUUUCAUAUUUUCUUUCAAGGAGAAAUCGAGGAAUGUCAAGAGGCGUGAUUUCUUUAAGAUUCAACCAGGAUCAUGGUUGUUUCACCUGUGCGACAGAAACAGGACUGAGGAUUUACAAUGUAGAGCCACUAACUCAGAAGCUUUCAUUGGGACAAGAUGUCGUGGGGAGUGUGGCAUCUGCAGAGAUGUUGUUUCGCUCCAACAUUUUAGCUAUGAUGGGAGGUGGAUCUUCACCAAAAUUUGACGAGAAAGCAGUUUUGAUUUGGGAUGAUAGUGCAAAGAAGGUUAUAAUGGAUGUUUCCUUUAACCAACCAGUUGUGUCAAUAAAACUCAAGUAUGACAGAUUAAUCGUGGUGCUGAGAAAUCAAAUCCAUGUGUUUAGUUUUCCAAAUAAUCCAACUUUGUUGCACUCAUUUGAUACGAGGGAUAAUCCAAAAGGACUGUGUGAUGUCAGCCCAUUUGGACAAGUGAUAGCUUUUCCUGGACAGAAAUGUGGCAGUGUUCAGAUAGCUGACCUUGAGACCACCCAACCAGGACAGUCCACUGCUCCUGUAACAAUAAAUGCUCACCAGGGGGAGCUAGCAUGCCUCACAUUGAAUCAACAGGGCACAUUACUGGCCACUGCCUCCAGGAAGGGUACGCUAAUCAGAGUGUUUGACACAACAACAAAAAAACUUGUGGUGGAACUGAGACGAGGAGCGGAUCCGGCUACUCUGUACUGUAUAUCCUUCAGCCAUGAUUCCUCAUUUCUGUGUGCAUCCAGUGACAAAGGAACCAUUCAUAUCUUUGCUGUUAAAGACACCAGUCUCAACCGACGAUCAACGUUUAAAACAAUGGGAUUCCUCGGUACAUAUGUAGAGUCCCAAUGGGGCCUGGCUAGUUUCACCGUGGCAGCUGAGUGUGCCUGUAUUUGUGCCUUUGGUCCAGGACAUUCUGUUAUAGCUGUGUGCGUAGAUGGAACCUUCCACAAGUAUGUGUUCACAACCGAUGGAAACUGCAAUAGAGAGGCUUAUGAUAUAUAUUUGGACAUUGGAGACGAUUUUGAAUGAACAAGAGACCGGGAACAAUUGGUGUAAAUGAGUUUGUAAAUAUUCAUCUUUAGGAAUGCCAUUAUCUGUCUAUUUCAUAGUUGUGACAUGUAUGUGAAUUUAUAAUGAAGUUAAAGAAUUUUAUCAUUAAAAACAGAUUUAUAUGGACCUGGAAUGCUAAGACUGCAGAAGUUAUUUUCUGUUGUAUAAUGUCAUAUUUAAUGGCAUGGCCUACAAUUUGUAGAUAUUAAAUAUCAUAAAUGCAUUUAUAAUUUCACAUGGAUCAGCUGAAUUUAGCAAGUAUGACCAUUCACAUCCUUACUAUGUAAGGACACUGUGACAAGGAACCUUUCUACGUGUUACUUUUUUGAAAAAAAUGCAUCUUUAUGUACGAUAUGGAUCUACAAUAGAUGUCAAAGAUCUUCCACACAUCAAGUAUUCUGCAGCUUUCUAUCAUUAGAUAUCAACUUACCAUGUUAACUAUAGGACUGCACAGUAGGUCGAAAUUUUGGACCUUAAAUUUGUACUCAUGAGACCGAAUUUAAGCAGUUACGGGCCUUUGACCAACUCCAUUUGAUUGUUGAUGUGCUAUUGUCCACAUUUAAUUCAGCAAGUUCUGAACUUUUUUUUUGUGAAUUCCGUUCUAGUCAGUAUUGAUACCCCACUCCUGGUAAGCACAGUGAUGCACCAACAAUUUUACCAGAGUCCAUGAAUUGAUAUCAUUGUGGUGUAUGAUAAUUAAUAUAUUGCACUUUGUUACGUAUCCAAAAAAGUGGUCAAAUACCCACACAAUUCAUGCAAUAAAGGUAAACCAUUAAUGACAGCCAUACUUUAAAACAUAGAUGGCACUUUUGUUCAUGUUGUUUCAUUCAUAGAAUUAUGUACAACGUUGUUGAAAUAUGUUCAUCAAUAACUGCACUAGUAUUCACCGAAAUCAACAUUCUAGUCACACAUCCAGGAAUACUUCGUGUUGAUUUGUUAUCCAUUGUUUUAUGUUGGCAUUUUAUAAUGUAGAAUCUGUUACGAUUAACACAGUAAAGGUUUUGCUAUAUAUAUCAAUUGCUAUUCAUCAUUCCCUUCCACUUCCACAUGAAUUGUGCAUAUAUUGUAUAUAUUUAUAUAUGAAUUAUUCUUCAUUGUAAUCAUUAUGCACUAUACACUUUGUGAGAAAUGUGGAUGAGAAAUUCGGUACACGUACCAGUAACAGCUAAGAAGGCACUGAAUACGUUGUAAUGAAGAGAUCUGAUUUUAUUUAAAUAUGUGAUACAAAUAAAGUUUAAUAAACACAACAA